UCGCUGUCAACAAUCCAGUACCUUGAUGCAGAUGAGGCCACACAGCAAGCAAAGCUAUCCUAGGCAGCCAACACAACGAAAAGUAGCACAAAAUGGCAGCUCUUCCGUAACUUCGUUUUUCUAACAGCACGGAGAAGGGGCUACACCACCGGAUGAAUGGUACAUUUGUAUGCCAGGAGAUACAUUGAUGGUUAAAGUGACAGCCCGAGGGCCUCGUCGUCGUGUUCCAACAGCACUCGAGUGAAGUUGCCAGCGGAGUGCCAAACUUCGGCUUCCCCCAGCGGCUCUCCGCGGGGCCCGGUGCGCGAGUCACCGGCCCUGUGGAUGAGGGAGUAAAUAGAAUUCCGUACAGGAGGAAGGAAUCCCUUUGAUGGGAGAAUCCUCUUGCCUGGACUGUUGGGUCAAUAGCCGUGUCAUUAUGAUGGAUGAGCAGGAGGCGCUGCAGUCAAUCAUGCAGGACCUGGCAGAACUGCACCGCUCCAGCCGUCCUGCCGGCUUCAUGUCGGACCUGAGCAAACCCAAAGCCUCCUCGCCCAAGAACCUGAAUGACGUCAGAGUGAAGUUCGAGUUUAAAGGCGAGAAGAGAAUUUUGCAAUUCCGUCGACCCAUCAAGUUGGAUGACUUGAGGGCAAAAGCUAAGGUGGCUUUUGGUCAGGCGAUGGACCUUCACUACAGCAACAACGAGCUGGUGAUUCCUCUGACCGUUCAGGAUGACCUGGACAAGGCGGUGGAGCUACUGGAUCGGAGCAUUCACAUGAAGAGCCUGAAGAUCCUCUUGGUGCUGCAGAUCUCUUCACAGAACUCUUCCUGCAAUAUGGGCCUUCUGCCGUCCUGUGAGGAGUUGGACAACACAGGAUUCAGAGUCCCAGACAAGAAGAGCAUGCUUGGAUCAUUAGGGUCUCAUUCGACGGACCGCAGCUCUCCUCCGCCUGGAUAUAUUCCUGAUGCACUCCAGCAGGUGGCGAGGAAUGGCUCCUUCACAAGUAUCAACAGCGAAGGAGAGUUCAUUCCAGAGAGCAUGGACCAGAUGUUGGACCCGUUGAGCAUGAGCAGUCCAGAAAAUUCUGCGUCUGGAAGUUGUCCUUCUUUGGACAGCCCUCUGGACAGCGACUACCCAAAGUCAAGGAUGCCGAGAGCACAGAGCUACCCUGACAACCACCAGGACUUUCCAGGUGCAGCGCUCCUUAUCCCCGCUUCUGCAGAGUACGACAUCCCAGUCUUUGACAAGACAGGAAAAGGAGGCACAUAUCCUCGGCGAUACGGCAUUCCCUUCGGCUUGCAGGAUUACAGUGAUGGGAGGAAGACAUUCCCUCGUGCUCGGCGAACACAGGCACACGGUCUCCGCUCACCUGUCAGCUUCAGCCCCACGGAGCAGUCUCCCAGCACCAGCAGCGGCAGCAGUGUCUUUACCCCCGACCUGGAAGAUGCUGCUGGGCCUGCCAGGCGGCCACGAAGAGGAAGUGACAUUGAAGUCAAUCAGUCGACCACCCCAAGCUUGACAGUCAUGGACAUCAGUCCGCCCAGCCGCUCACCACGAGCGCCCACCAACUGGCGUCUGGGGAAGCUGCUUGGCCAGGGUGCCUUCGGACGGGUUUUCCUUUGCUAUGACGCUGAUACUGGACGGGAACUGGCUGUCAAACAGGUCCAGUUUGAUCCAGAGAGUCCUGAGACGAGCAAGGAGGUGAGUGCGCUGGAGUGCGAAAUUCAGCUGCUGAAAAACCUUUGUCACGAGCGCAUCGUGCAAUACUACGGCUGUCUGCGAGAUACCUUGGAACGAACGCUCUCCAUCUUCAUGGAGUACAUGCCUGGAGGUUCCAUAAAGGACCAAGUGAAGUCCUAUGGCGCACUGACAGAGAAUGUGACACGUCGUUACACUCGGCAGAUUCUUGAAGGUGUUUCCUACCUUCACAGCAACAUGAUCGUUCACAGGGACAUCAAAGGUGAUGCCUGUGUCAUUGUGUUAUCUCCAGGGGCCAAUAUCCUCAGAGACUCUGUCGGAAAUGUGAAGUUGGGCGACUUUGGGGCCAGUCGGCGGCUGCAGACCAUCUGUCUGUCAGGAACAGGAAUCAAGUCGGUGACCGGCACCCCUUACUGGAUGAGCCCGGAAGUAAUUAGUGGCGAGGGUUACGGCAGGAAGGCUGACAUCUGGAGUGUUGGCUGCACUGUUGUGGAAAUGCUGACCCAACGACCCCCCUGGGCGGAGUUCGAGGCCAUGGCGGCGAUCUUUAAGAUUGCCACGCAGCCCACCAACCCUGUGCUGCCAGCUCACGUGUCGGACCACUGCAGGGAGUUUCUCAAACGUAUCUUUGUGGAGACCAAGCAGCGUCCGUCUGCAGAUGAGCUGCUGAGGCACAUCUUUGUACAUUAAGAUGAGAGCGGCUUAGCCUGACAGCACACCCACUUCUAAAGCCGGGCUUGCUUGCUGUAACCAUAUUGGACCAGGAAGAUGGUUGGGUGCUUCCAGGCCUCUUUGUAUGAAACUGCUGAAGACACAAGUCUUCUCUUUUUGCACCUUACUUUCUCAAACAAGGAGGAAUCAAGCGCGAUCUCAGAACUCUCAGAAAACAGCUCCCCUUUUUUUAAUGCCCUCUCUUCAAAUGUUGGUGUCGUUGUUGUGGACCAGACCCCAGAAUGUAGUCUCCUGCCUGUGAUGACCUGGACUUGCUGCUAAAAAAAAACCCCAUGCAGACAACACCUUCCACUCACCUGCCUUCAUCUCGCCUUCUUUUUCGGUCGCCAUUUUGCCAUGUGCCUUUUUUUCAGUUUCUCCACAUUGCCUGAAUGAGUUUGUCGUCGUCGCAUUAUGUCACACAUGUUGGCUCCAAGUCCUGCCGCUGGCUAGCCCGCACACGCACACACACACACACAAUAUCUCAUAGAUGCAAGAAAGCCUGCUUCAGUCACUGUAAUUUUCACACAUACAAAAAACUGUAAGACCUUGAAUGAAACCCUCAGCUGUGUUGCAGUCUAGGGCUGCUAAGUAUUUGAUCCCCUGCUUAGUAAGUUUACCAAUCUGCAAAGACAAUCCAUAAUUCUUUAUGGUAGAGAGACAGAAUGUGAAACCAAUCCAGAAAAAACACAAAGAAAAAUUCAUUUGUAUUUGAUCCCCAAUGCAAAACGUGGCUUAGUAGUUGUUGGCAAGCUCGGAGCUCAGAUGUUUCUUCUAGUAGGUCGCCAGGGUUGCACACAUCUCAGGAGAGACCUUUAGUAGAGAAACAGAAUGUUUCCACGUCCAUGUUUGCUAGUGGGGAUGGAGUUGUUUGUGUUUUAGGCCGCAUUUCUCUGCUUCCAAACACGUUGAGCAGAGUUUAUGCCAUCGAGAUCACUUUUGGCCUCAUCCGACUCAUGAAAUGUCUUCAGGUCUGGCAGGUGUGGAUUUUCUUGGUGACUGUGCUCACAACUCCCUUGACAUCAUUAACCAACUCCUCCCGUGUAAUUCUCUCAACUUUCUCACAAUCAUCCGUACCCUUAAAAUCUCGCUUGGGGCUCUUCUAUUUCUGAAUGAUUCCAUUCCAGUCUUGUACAAUCUCGUCCCCGCGGUCCUUUGACAGCUCUUUGGUCUUGCCCAUGGUGGUGGAGAGGUUAGAUUUUUGUGAUGUAAGUGUCUUAUCGACCUAACAAGUAGUUUUUCUGAAUUUUUUUUCAACAUUGUGUCUGUCUUGGUUACAAUAAACCUCAUCAGCAAGGGAUCAAAUACUUCAUUUUCGCGUAUGUUCCUUUUAGCAGUGACACAGUCGUGAGUCGCCAUCAGUAACACUCUCCAUCUGGCCUGAGAUUGAUGCCUUAAAUGUUCCUGUCAGUCAGCCAAUGAGAGCCACACCAGAGAGAGGUCUGCUUUAAAAGAUCCCCCACCACCCCCUGUUUACCAAAAAAAUGUACACUUGGCUUCCAUCAUACCUAACUAAAUGUUCCAUAUUGACCACGCCCUGAGCUUCAUGUAGUUUAGUUAAAUGUGAAGCCUGAUGUCUGCUGGAAUGACCACACUUGGUCUUGUAGGUAAAAUAUUCCAGUUAAAUUUUAGAGGGUGUUUUUGCCUUCAGCGGUCACUUGAUGGAUCAAAAAGCCACUAAUACACACUUGUUUCCCCUCCAUCCCGUUUUGUCCAAAAUGUACAAUUCCUCUUACGGCACUUAACAUUCACUCCGCAUGGCACUAUAACAAAUACUCUUCAUACAGUCAUAGAAACUUUAGUGGCCAUGUUGUGUUUAAACCUUUAAACCAGGAUGCACUAUCUUUGACUCACUGAGUUUUUAAAUGUUUGUUUUUUUAUUUUAUGUUUUCUGUAGUUUUUAUUUUAUAUUUUUGCAAUUCUUCCUCAGCUGUUUCUUUGCACAUAACAUAAUGUUCCCUCACAUAAGUGUGUGUGUGUGUGUGUGUGUGUUUGCAAUGAAUGUAAGUUGUCAGAUGGCCUCAUUCACCACAGUGGAUUAACGUUUCACUACCAGUAUUUGUCAGUACGCAUUCUCACUUGAGUGUGUGAAGCCACUGUAUGUGUGUGUGUGUGUGUGUGUGUGUGUAACUACUGUCUAUGCUCAGUUGGUGCCACCCAUAAUGCCUAAAGCGUUGUCAUCACGAGCGGAGGACACCGAUGAUUAAAACUUGUACAAAUGUAAAAAAGUGAAAUGUACCUUUUUUUUGUUUUUCUAAAGUCUGUUUAUGUGUGUCUUGUAAAAGAAGCCAUGUUUAUAAUUCUAAUUGGUUUGUGACCAAUACGCCUGUUUAUAUCAGAUCUGUAUAUCAGUGGUACGUAUAAUUUUUUAAUAUAUAUAUUUUUUAUUUCACUUGGGAAGAUUUAUGCAUGGUUGGUCCAGACAAAUGCAGCAGUGCCGUUUAAACUUUCUUGGCCAAAUUCUGCAGUAAUGCAACAGCUGUGUGUUCGUUAUGACAGUGAAGAAUAAUAAAAGGUAUUUAUUUCACCUGUA